AUGCGUUUCUCAUCUGCCGCUACACUUGGCUUCGCUGCCACUGCCCUCGCUGCCAAGGAGACCGUCACUGUCUCCAAGCUCAAGAUCCACAGCGUCGGAACUCCCAUCAAGACCACCCUCAAGAGCGUCUCCUUCACUCUCAACGGCGCUGAUGCUAAGAACCUCAAGUGUUCUGCCAAAAACCUCGCCUACCCCACACCCGAGAAGUCUUACUCUUGCGGUGACUCCGACUACUCGUUCCUCAUCUGGGAGGGCGAAAAGGAGCAGUUCGGCAUCAUGAUUUACCACGACGUUGGGGACGCCAAGGCUGAUCUCCGAGGUGGCCGCGAUAUCAAGACCAACUGCGAUAACAGCCAGGGCAGCGGCCCUGCUGAUGAGAUUUGCACUCAGGGCAAGCCUGUCUCCUUCAAGAUUGAUGGCCCUGUUGGUAUCUCCCCCAACUAA